AUGAUCGGCAUGAACAGCCUGCACUCGGCGGGGCGCCUGCGCUCACGCUCCCUGUGCUCGGUCCGCUAUGGCCGAGACUUCCGGAUGAUUGACCCUUUCCGCUACCCCCGUACCCCCCGCUCGCGCUCCCUGAAGCCCCUUAUGUUCCCAGACCUGCUGGGCAAGGCCCAAGACGGACAGAACCACCCGCAGGCCCGCAAGAGGAAGAAGGUACAAUGUGCCACCCGGGUAAGACACCAACUAACAUAGCACAACCUGAUGCGUUUCACUGUUCGACACUUAAUUCGACACUUACUAUGGUUGUGUUUGCAUGUGUUAAAGUGGGGUUGGGUUUCAAGCACUUUCUUAUUUCUGAUUACAUUGUUUAUCGCUGUCAUGUCAACAUACUGUAAAAUGCCAUGCCUAGUACUGUAGGUGUUUGUAAUUUAGGGAAAUUCUUGUCUGUCAAUCAAAGACAAUGCAACCUUGUACAUCCACAGAUUUAUACAUUUAUAUAUGAAGUUUAUGGACCAAAUGAAGUUGUGAAUCAUUUGUUAGUUGAGUAGAUUGCAGAUUAGGUGAUCACCAGGCUGAUAGGCCCUUCCGUAACCUAGGCUACCGUAUGUUGUGUGUAGUAACCGGUGGUAACACCAGCCCUCAAGGCUAACUCUCAUUCGCUGCCCUGGUGCUGUGUGACGCUGACGGAGCGCGUAGGUGAAGGUGACGAACAUCCAUCCUGAUCUGAAUGAGGCCAACUGCUCCGAGUGACACUGAUUAUGCCUCUACACCCUGUCCUCACCCUCUCUCUCCCCCUCCUCACCCCCACUUCUGGUUCUGACAGGGCCUCCCCAUACGUCUCACUUAUUCCCCCAUUAACUCACCCCCCUCACCCCCACUCCCCCAUUACAUUAGACCCCCCUCCACUGUCUCCUUGGCAGUCAGGACCAGUGUAACGUGUAUAUUAACAUCUGUCUCUCUCAGCUUGAUCUCCUUCCAAUGUACUACUACUGUAAUUAAUUAUGUAUACUUCCCUAAUGAAGAUAUAGCAUUUUAAGGAAAGAGGGCGCAUUCUGGACCCUGGGUUUGAGAUAAUCUAUCUAGCUAGCUAAUUUAGUUUGGAUGUACAGUACUGUAUUCUAAAACAUACAGAGAUAUACAGUGGGGUCCAUAAUUAUUGGCACCCUUGAUAUAGAUGAGGGAAAAAGACUGUAUAAAAUAAAUUAAUACAAAUACUGAGCUAUAUUGUAUGCUCAGAAAAAUGGGAACAAUAUAUUAUUGUAUACUAAUCUAAAAAAAAUAGGUGUUAAGGUUAUUAGCAACCGUGUUUUCAGUAUUCCAGUACCCUCCCAUUGCGAGGAUAACGACAUUCAGCCUUUUUAUAAAAUGUUUGAUGAGAUUGGAGAACACAUUGGGAGGGAUCUUAAACCAUUCCUCAAUACAGAAUCUUUCCAGAUCCUUCAUAUCCUUCGUCUGCACUUAUGGACCGCCCUCUUCAAUUCAAACCACAGGUUUUCAAUGGGGUUCAAGUCCGGAGACUGAGAUGGCCAUUGCAAAAUGUUGAUUUUGUGGUCAAUAACCAUUUCUUUGUGGAUGUUGAUGUGUGCUUGGGGUUAUUGUCUUGAUGGAAGAUCCAUCUGGCCGAGGCAACCAGGAUUUUGGCAAAUAUUUCCUGUUUCUUUUUGCUCAUAUUUAACAAGGGUGCCAAUAAUUAUGUCUGAGAUAUACAGCUUACUCUCAUUUUAAAUGUUGUGCUUUGGUUAAGUUUGCAUGGUUUUCCAAUCAGAGUCAAAUAUUAACAGGAAUUGUAAUUACAUUUAAGCGUCUACGUGUAGAAACCAAUAAUUGACUCAAAUCUGACCAUGAAUCUCAAGGUAAUGAGAUUUUCUCAAUGAGCCACUAUGGCUACAAUUGCUGUUGCUACUAGCAACAGUAGAUCAAUCCAUCUGUUUUUGGGUUCACAAAUUCACCCCCAGAUUGAUGUUGAAGAGUUUUGUGCUACAAAAGAGACUGCAUCGAAAUUAUACUUUGAAAUGGGCCAACGCCGGCUUUCCACGAAGACGGCCCUUAUCUGCGCUGAAUAUUAAUAUUCAUGAAGCUUGUAACACAGUUUGAGUCUCGAUUUUAUACGUCUCCAUAGCGAGGAGAAAUUUGAGCCCAGAACCUAAAAUCCAAAUGGUCUAGCUGCUCAUUAAUAUUCAGAAGCUCUGGCUCAAGUAUUUCAAUUAGUGCAAGUUUAAUAGGAAACGUUGGAAAUGAGUUUGAAUGGAUACACUGCAUCAAACACAUUGUUAAUUUCAAUGGGUUUGACAGAGAAACCACACCACAAUAUUAUGUCUAGAAUAGUCAGUGAAAUCCAACACUAACUCGAAUGACUUGAUCGAAUUGAAACUGAUUUCAAUGGCAGAUAAGACCUACUACCCUGGACAGCCAUUUGUCCUGUCUCCCUAUUAACACACCAUUGUACAUUUUCCCAGACUUCAGAGGAUUUGGGAGGGACAUUAAUGGUGAUGAUGUACUUCCUGCUAGAGUCCUCUCCAUCACGUCAGCUAUCACAGUUGUCCAUCAGUCCCGUCCCUUCUAGGCCUUGAUCUGAAUUUACCAUCAGGGGCUGAUAGCUCUGCACUCCUCUUCCUCUAAACUCCUUUCACAGAACCUCAGUGCUAAACGGUAUAUCAUAUUCCGCUGGCAUAUCCCAUUGUCACUAAAGUGGCUUGAUUUGAAUAGGAAUGUCUAAAUCGCUUGGCUGUCACAGGAGAUUUAUAGGAGAGCAAAGCGAAACGCGGUGACUCUCUAAAAGCCUGUUGUAUUUAUCAAUGAGGGUGCACACAGAAACUGCAGCCUUUUUCUUCAAAUCCCAUUUUCCCUGCUGUGUUAUUCCAUAGACUCCCUUUAAAGGGGAAAUCAGCUGUAGCUACAUACAUUUUUGGAUUUAUACAUUAAUGAUAUCUACCCAUUGAUUCUUGAAGAAUAAAACUUAGAAAUGGUGCAUGAGCUUAGGUCAACUGUCGUGUUUGCCCCAAAGAGGAUUGUUGAAAGGAAGGAGGAGGCAAAUGAUUGAUUGGUUAACUGGCUUUCUGACUGAAUCAUUUAUUGAUUGAUGGACUCAGCCAUUAGUUUCUCCCAGGUGAAUCUGUGUACUAUUUCGUCAUUAUUAUCUAAUGGGUUUUUCUUCCACAGGCCCUGUACAACUCAAUCAAGAAUGAGAAGCUUCAAUGGACAAUGUGAGUUCCACUUUAAUGCCUUGUUAUCAACAGUAUAUACAGUAUUUGUGCAUUUAAGUGUAUUUCCAAGUGUGUGUAUGGGUGUGUGUUCUGACACACACACACACACAAACAGAGUCCACACACACACAGUUCACCUACAGUCCACACACACGCAUAGUAUUUGGAUAGUGAAGAGUAUUGGUAGAUUCGAUAGCAUCCUUAUUAAUGACGUGCAUGCUGUCAGGUUGUGAUGGAAACAUUUAUAUGUCAAGGGUUGCUAUUCUGGAUCUCAGCUCACUGUGCUUCAGAUAUGCCAAUUAAGUCUCUGGCUUGCCAAGCUUUGUUGCCAUAGUUACAGCACCAUGGCUACAGCUACAUAGCGACCAUUCUGCUCUUGCCUCUGUGUUCCAGCGCAAGAACAAACACACACUUCUGACGACACACACUCAUGCACACACACACAGACACACCUAUCAUUCCAUUAAAAGGGUCCUCAUUGCAUCCUGUACAAAGGUGUGACCACAGCCUCCCACUACCUUCCCAAAAAUAGCAGCACUCCCGGAUCAGCUGACUGAAAAGUGGUCAGAGGAACAGGUCUGGGAACAGAUCCACAGAGAGAGAGGCAAUCCAGUUCCAACAUCUCCACAGAAACAGACACCCAAUUAAAAUACAUGGCCAUGAUGCUGGGGACAAGAGGCUGAGGAUAGACUAGUCAUUUUUAGACACAUCCAUACAGAUACUGUAUAGAAAAGGGGAGAGAGAGAGAGAGAGAGAAGAGAGAGAGAGAGAGAGAGAGAGAGAGAGAGAGAGAGAGAGAGAGAGAGAGAGAGAGAGAGAGAGAGAGAGAGAGAGAGAGAGAGAGAGAGAGAGAGAGAGAGAGAGAGAGAGAGAGAGAGGCCCAUCUGCUCUAUUAUUCCUUCUAUUCUGCUAAUCUUGCUCUCCUCCAUUAUUGUCUCUAAUCAUCCUGUCUUCCAUUGUCUCCUCUCCUGCUAGCUUCUAUCACCUGUUAGAAAAAGGGAUAAGAAGAACCCAUUUCACUGGCAUUACAAUAUAGACACCACCAGUCCUCUGAAAAACAUUAUUAUAAUAAUACCAAUAUACCAGUCCCAUUUCAAUGAUUUAUUUAUUCAUUUAUGUAUAAGGGGACCAUGCAAAUAGCACGUAAAGCUACAGACCUCGUUUGCAUGAUGAUUUUCAUAGAUUUUGGUUACGAUAAUGAUUAUUUGGAUGACAGUGCAUUCUGAAAUUAUUCAGACUCCUUGAUUUUAUCCACAUUUUGUUAAGUUACAGCCUUAUUCAGAGACAUUCAGAGACUUGUCCUGAAGCCACUCCUGCAUUGUCUUGGCUGUGUGCUUAGGGUCGUUGUCUUGUUGGAAGUUGAACCCAGUCUGAGGUCCUGAGCGCUCUGGAGCAGGUUUUCAUCAAGGAUCUCUCUGUACUUUGCUCCGUUCAUCUUUCCCUCGAUCCUGACUAGUCUCCCAGUCCCUGCCGCUGAAAAACAUCCCCACAGCAUGAUGCUGCCACCACCAUGCUUCACCGUAGGGAUGGUGCCAGGUUUCCUCCAGACGUGACGCUUGGCAGUCAGGCCAAAGAGUUCAAUCUUGGUUUCAUCAGACCAGAGAAUCUUGUUUCUCAUGGUCUGAGAGUCUUUAGGUGCCUUUUGGCAAACUCCAAGCGGGCUGUCGUGUGCCUUUUACUGAGGAGUGGCUUCCGUCUGGCCACUCUGCCAUAAAGGCCUGAUUGGUGUAGUGCUGCAGAGAUGGUUGUCCUUCUAGAAGGUUCUCCCAUUUUCACAGAGGAACUCUAGAUCUCUGUCAGAUUGACAAUCGGGUUCUUGGUCACCUCCCUGACCAAGGCCCUUCUCCCCCGAUUGCUCAGUUUGGCCAGGGGGCCAGCUCUAGGAAGAGUCUGGGUGGUUCCAAACUUCUUCCAUUUAAGAAUGAUGGAGGCUACUGUGUUCUUAGGGACCUUCAAUGCUACAGACAUAUUUUGGUAUCCUUCCCCAGAUCUGUGCCUCGACACAAUCCUGUCUCAGAGGUCUACUGACAAUUCCUUCGACCUCAUGGCUUGGUUUUUGCUUUGACAUGCACUGUCAACAGUGGGACCUUAUGUAGACAGGUGUGUGCCUUUCCAAAUCAUGUCCAAUCAAUUGAAUUUACCACAGGUGGACUCCAAUCAAGUUGUAGAAACAUUUCAAGGAUGAUCAAUGGAAACAGGAUGCACCUGAGCUCAAUUUUGAGUAUCAUAGCAAAGGGUCUGAAUACUUAUGUAAAUAAGGUAUUUCUGUUUUUAUAAAUGUUCGAUUUCAUCUCACAGGUGUUCGAUGGGGUUGAGGUCAGGGCUCUGUGCAGGCCAGUCAAGUUCUUCCACACCAAUCUCGACAAACCAUUUCUGUAUGGACUUCGCUUUGUGCACAGGGGCAUUGUCAUGCUGAAACAGGAAAGGGCCUUCCCCAAACUGUUGCCACAAAGAUGGAAGCACAGAAUCGUCUAGAAUGUCAUUGUAUGCUGUAGCGUUAAGAUUUCCCUUCACUGGAAAUAAGGGGCCUAGCCCGAACCAUGAAAAACAGCCCCAGACCAUGAUUCCUCCUCCACCAAACUUUACAGUUAGCACUAUGCAUUGGGGCAGGUAGUGUUAUCCUGGCAUCUGUCAACAACGGGUGUGGCUGAAAUAGCCGAAUCCACUAAUUUGAAGGGGUGUCCACAUACUUUAUUUAUAUAUACAGUAGUGUAUGUUACCGUUAGUUUAACAAACAAAGUGUCUCUCUAAGGACUUAGAAGGCAUUCAGAGACGAAUCUGUUGCAUCAUUGGCACUCCCUACAACUCACUCCCAUCUCUGGAGAGCAGGCGUGAUGAACCCACAGUCAAUAUAUAUAUAUAUAUAUAUAUAUUGUACACUGCAAAUUGCCUGCAAGAAUCCCCAAACACAUAGAGUAUAGUAUUUGACAAAAACAGAAUAAUUUCAAACCUUGAUUAUAUUGGGAUACGAUCACAUAUGCCUCUCUAUCUAUGCGUGGGAAUACUUGGGAACAGAUUGCCUAAUUUAAAAUAAGAUUGAGCAGAUUUCAUGGUGAUUUUACAGUCUUAUGUCCAACAACAACAAAAAAUGUAAUAUUUUUUGGUACAUUAUUAUAUAUGCUAUAUACUGAACAAAAAUAUAAACGCAACAAUUUCAACAAUUUGACUGAGUUACAGUUCAUAUAAGGAAAUCAGUCAAUUGAAAUAAAUUCAUUAGGCCCUAAUCUAUGGACUGCACAUGACUGGGCUUUUUACAGACAGAAAUACUCCUCAGUUUCAUCAGCUGUCCGGGCGGCUGGUCUCAGAUGAUCCUGCAGGUGAAAAAGACGGAUGUGGAGGUCCUGGGCUGGCGUAGUUACACGUGGUCUGCGGUUUUGAGGCCGGAUGGACAUACUGCCAAAUUCUCUAAAACGACCUUUGAGGCGGCAUAUGGUAUUAAAUUAUCUGGCAACAGCUCUGGUGGACAUUGUUGCAGUCAGCAUGCCAAUUGCACACAACUUGAGACAUCUGUGGCAUUGUGUAGUGUGACAAAACUGCACAUUUUUGUUGCCUUUUAUUGUCCCCAGCACAAGGUGCACCUGUGUAAUGAUCAUGCUGUUUAAUCAGCUUCUUGAUAUGCCACACCUGUCAGGUGGAUGGAUUAUCUUGGCAAAGGAGAAAUGCUCACUAACAGGGAUGUAAACAAAUUUGUGCACAAAAUGUAAGAGAAAUAAGCUUUUUGUGCGCAUGUAACAUUUCUGGAAUCUUUUUUUUCAGCUCAUGAAACAUGUGACCAACACUUUACAUGUUGCAUUUAUAUUUUUGUUCAGUGCAUUCGGAAAAUAUUCAGACCACUUCCCUUUUUCCACAUUUUGUUACGUUACAGCCUUAUUCUAAAAUGGAUUUUUUUUUUUUAUCCCCAUCAAUCUACACACAAUAUCCCAGAAUGACUAAUCGAAAACAGGUUUUUAGAAAUGUUAGCAAAUGUAUUAAAAUGAAUAAAUAGAAAAACUUUAUUUACCUAAUUAAUCAGACACUAUGCUAUGAGAUUCGAAAUUGAGCUCAGUUGCAUCCUGUUUGCAUUGAUCAUCCUUGAGGUUGUUUCUACAACUUGAUUGGAGUCCACCUGUGGGAAACUCAAUUGAUUGGACAUGAUUUGAAAAGGCACACACCUGUCUAUAUAAGGUCCCACAGUUGACAGUGUAUGUGAGAGCAAAAUCCAAGCCAUGAGGUCGAAGGAAUUGUCCGUAGAGCUCCGAGACAGGAUUGUGUCGAGGCACAGAUCUGGGGAAGGGUACCAAAAAAAGUUCUGCAGCAUUGAAUGUCCCCAAGAACACAGUGGCCUCCAUCAUCCUUAAAUGGAAGAAGUUUGGAACCACCAAGACUCUUCCUAGAGCUGGCCGCCCAGCCAAAUUUAGCAAUCGGGGGAGAAGGGCCUUGGCCAAGGAGGUGACCAAGAACCCGAUUGUCACUCUGACAGAGCUCCAGAGUUCCUCUGUGCAGAUGGGAGAAUCUUCCAGAAGGACAACCAUCUCUGCAGAACUCCAUCAAUCAGGCCUUUAUGGUAGAGUGGCCAGACUAGACUGGUAGAGUGGUAGAGUGGCCACUCCUCAGUAAAAGGCACAUGACAGCCCGCUUGGAGUUUGCCUAAAGGCACCUAAAGAACUCAGACUAUUAGAAACAAGAUUCUCUGGUCUGAUGAAACCAAGAUUGAACACUUUGGCCUGAUUACCAAGCGACACGUCUGGAGGAAACCUGGCACCAUCCCUACGGUGAAGCAUGGUGGUGGCAGCAUCAUGCUGUGGGGAUGUUUUUCAGCGGCAGGACUAGGAUACUAGUCAGGAACGACGGAAAGAUGAACGGAGCAAAGUACAGAGAGAUCCUUGAUGAAAACCUGCUCCAUCGGAUUCUUGGUCACCUCCCUGACCAAGGCCCUUCUCCCCCGAUUGCUCAAUUUGGCCGGGAGGCCAGCUCUCAGAAGAGUCUUGGUGGUUCCAAACUUCUUCCAUUUAAGAAUGAUGAAGGCCACUGUGUUCUUGGGGAACUUGUGUUUUAUAUUAUGACAUCACAUUUUAUGUAUGUUUCUGCAAGGUGUUCAAGUAAACCUGAACCUACACCUACACCUAAUCAACCUGUUCACUCUCUUCCUCCUCCACACCACCACCCCAUCCCCUUCUCCUCUCCUCUUUAUAAUGGCUCCUAUUCAGCUUUGUCUUUCUAGGCUUUUGUUUUCUCUCCUCUCUCUAUCUCCCUCGCUCCCUCGUUUCCGUCCAUCCCCCUUCUCUCUCUCUCUCUCUCUCUCUCUCUCUCUCUCUCUUUCCCUUUUAUUUUGACUCAGUGUAGAGUGGGAUUCACACAGACCAGCAGUUACCAGGCAACAGGCUAGAAAUCUGAGGCACAUGCUCAUCAGCUCUCACUAGCUAUCCAUCAUGCUCUCUCUCUCUCUCUCUCUCUCUCUCUCUCUCUCUCUCUCUCUCUCUCUCUCUCUCUCUCUCUCUCUCUCUCUCUCUCUCUCUCUCUCUCUCUCUCUCUCGCUCUCUCUCUCGCUCUCUCUAUCUCUUGUGUAGAGCUAACUGUUGUUAUAUAUGUCUGGUUACUCAUAUCAUGCUCUUAAAGGGUUACAAGGGAGUCAAUUUUGCAUGUCUAUUUUGAAUGUGAACUUUUACACAGGUGACGGUGAGGUAACAAGUGUAGUCCUCGUUUAAACUGGGUUUGACUGAUAUUGGGUGGAUUGACUGACUAGUAUUGGGAAACAUUAUAGGAAAGGUUCAGCUCUUAACAUUAGUUAUCUUAACUGCUGCCUCAGGUCCAGAUUAUCCCACAUGUAAAAAGAUGUUAACAACACCCCAACCAUGUUUGUAGGAUUAUCAUAUCAGUAAAGGGACAUGUGGUGAACAUGGCUUGUACUAAGUACAGUAUCUUCAUUUUGAGUGGGACUAGAGUGAUCAUAAUUUGAAACUGCCUCAAAAUACGUGCCAUCCGGGAUCCUUGGGAUGUCCCUAUCCCAUUGAAGUUUACAUUUUAAAUGGUUAAGGGUAGGGUUAGGUAAAGGCUUAUGAUUAAGGAUAAGGUAAGGGUAGGGAUUAAGGUUAUGGUUAGGGUUUAGGGUAGGGACAUCCCAAGGAUUCCAGAUAGCACUGACCGUAUAGGUAUAGCCUAUAUAUAACUACAGUAGGAACAGAGUUUUUCCUUGUCAGGCCAUAUGAUCAGGAAAACCUCCUGGCUCUAUGUACAGUAAAGACCAGUAGAGGCUGGUGUCACUUAAAUGGAGGACAUGCUCUUUGUAAUGGCUAAAAUGGCAUUAUUGGAAUGAUAUUAAACACAUGGAAUGGCAUCAAACACAUGAAAAUCAAAUGGAAUGGAAACCAUUUGUUUGAAGUGUUUGAUAACUUUCCAAUCAUUACAUUUUAGCCAUUACAAUAAGCCACCCUCCCUCCACCAGCCUCCAUUGGUAUAGGGAUUACAAUCAACUGUAUACUAAGAUACAGUUAUAUUUUCAUCAUGCACUGAUACACACAGACAUUUUAUUGUUCUGUAAUAACACAAAUUGUAGCCCAUUUAUUUGGUUUGUUUGAGGUAGUUACACAUUUGGGAAAAGUACAACUUUUCACAGUUCUGGAGCAGUUCCUCUCAUGAUCAAUAGGGAAACACAAAACUGAAAAAGCCAGUGACAAAUCUGAAAUUAGUCUCAAAAAUAGGGAGUCCCUAGUGAAACGGAAUGCCCUCGUUUUUCACCUCAAGGCCGCCACGCGAUCGAUCGUGUCGCUCUUCUGCUGCAGUGUGUUUUGAUCUAGGAGAGUGGACUGGUUCUCUGGAGACCAGGAGGGAAUCACAACAACAUGAUCGAGGAAGGAAGGAGCGAGGGAUGGAGCGAGGGAAGGAGCGAGGGAAGGGGAAAGACACUGAAUUAAGACUUUGAAGAAGAAGAAACACUUUCAUUCACUCAGGUUCCCCCUAGGUAGAAUUGUGCUUUGUAAAUAUGUUAUAUAACCAAGGCUAUGCCCACAGAAUUCACUUCAGUGUUUUUGGUAGAUGACAAAAAGCACAAUAUAACCAGUGAAGAAGGAGUUUGGCCAUUGAAACUACUCUCUCUCAUCUCUGUCUUCUAAUGGACAGUCACAGAGUGAGAUGGCUGGAAAGGGAUUGGUUGAACGUGAUUGGUUGACCUGUUGCUGAUGAGGCAUGGUAAAACAGUAAUCAGGUUGCUCAUCCUUCUGUUUCUUGUCGCCAUAGUGAUGAGGAGGAGAUGCGGAAGUCUUUCUCGGAGCUGGGGGACACCAACCAGGCAGACUCCACCUCUAAACACAUGAAGAGCAUGGCCAGCGGUGGGAAACCCCUAGUGGCCAUGGCCCAGCCCUCGGGAGCUCUGCUGUAUAAGAACGGCUUCCUGGUGCGCAAGGUGCACGCCGACUCAGACGGCAAGAGAAGUACGUGUCAAAACCAUAGACAUAUUGUACAUUUAUAGCUUAUUUGUUUAAACCCCCAUUGACCCCCCUAUAAGUCCUCAUAGUAUGUGUCAUAUCCCCUCCCUCUCCUCACCGCUGUUUAUUUGUUAAGCCCACCCCUCUCUUUAUUCAUGUUUAGUUUAGUUUGAUGUUUUGUUUUGACUAUAUAAGUCCCUUUUUUUAAAGUAUUAUUAUUAUUAUUACUCAUUUAGCCCUAUGCUGUUAUUUUAGCAACGGCUACAGUAUACAGUGCAAUCGGAAAGUAUUCAGGCCCCUUGACUUUUUCACAUUUUGUUACGUUACAGCCUUAUUCUAAAAUGGAUUGAAUUGAUUUUUCCCCCUCAUCAAUCUACACACAAUGCCCCAUAAUGAGAAAGCAAAAACAGGUUUUUAGAAAUGUUUGCUAAUUUAUUAAAAAUAAAAAACUGAAACAUCACUUUACAUAAGUAUUCAGACCCUUUAACUCAGUACUUUGUUGAAGCACCUUUGGCAGCGAUUACAGCCUCGAGUCUUCUGGGGUAUGACGCUACAAGCUUGGCACACCUGUUUUUGAGGGGUUUCUCCCAUUCUUCUCUGUAGAUCCUCUCAAGCUCUGUCAGGUUGGAUGGGGAGCGUCGCUGCACAGCUAUUUUCAGGUCUCUCCAGACAUGUUCAAUCAGGUUCAAGUCCGGGCUCUGGCUGGGCCACUCAAGGACAUUCAAAGACUUGUCCUCAAAGCCACUCCUGCGUUGUCUUGGCUGUGUGCUUAGGGUCGUUGUCCUGUUGGAAGGUGAACCUUCGCCCCAGUCUGAGGUCCUGAGCGCUCUGGAGCAGGUUGUCAUCAAGGAUCUCUCUGUACUUUGCUCAGUUCAUCUUUCCCUCGAUCCUGACUAGUCUCCCAGUCCCUGCCGCUGAAAAACAUCCCCACAUCAUGAUGCUGCCACCACCAUGCUUCACCGUAGGGAUGGUGCCAGGUUUCCUCCAGAUGUGGCUCUUGGCAUUCAGGCCACAGUGUACAAUCUUGGUUUCAUCAGACCAGAGGAUCUUGUUUCUCAUGGUCUGAGAGUCCUUUAGGUGCCUUGUGGCAAACUCCAAGCGAGCUGUCAUGAGCCUUUUACUGAGGAGUGGCUUCCGUCUGGCCACUCUACCAUAAAGGCCUGAUUGGUGGAGUGCUGCAGAGAUGGUUGUCCUUCUGGAAGGUUCUCCCAUCUCCACAGAGGAACUCUGGAGCUCUGUCAGAGUGACCAUCGGGUUCUUGGUCACCUCCCUGACCAAGGCCCUUCUCCCUCGAUUACAGUUUGGCCGGGCAGCCAGCUCUAGGAAGAGUGUUGGUGUUCCAAACUUCUUCCAUUUAAUAAUUAUGGAGGCCACUGUGUUCUUGGGGAUCUUCAAUGCUGCAGAAAUGUUUUGGUACCCUUCCCUAGAUCUGUGCCUCGACACAAUCCUGUCUCGGAGCUCUACGGAUAAUUCCUUCGACCACAUGGCUUGGUUUUUGCUCUGACAUGCACUGUCAACUGUGGGACCUUAUAUAGACAGGUGUGUGCCUUUCCAAAUCAUGUCCAAUCAAUUGAAUUGACCACAUGUGGACUCCAAUCAAGUUGUAGAAACAUCUCAAGGAUGAUCAAUGGAAACAGGAUGCACCUGAGCUCAAUUUCGAGUCUCAGUAAUAGGGUCUGAAUACUUAUGUAAAUAAGGUAUUUAUGUUUUCUAUGUUUAAUAAAUGUGCAAACAUUUCUAAAAACCUGUUUUCACUUUGUCAUUAUGGGGUAUUGUGUGUAGAUUGAUGAGGAAAAUGUUUUAUUUAAUCAAUUUUAGAAUAAGGCUGUAACGUAACAAAAUGUGGAAAAAGUCAAGGGGUCUGAAUACUUUCCGAAUGCACUGUACUUCUCACGUUCCACAUACAGUAAAUCAUAUGAUUUUCAUUGGAACAAUGAGAGUUCUGUGGCUCUGUUCCAACAUCUAUACUAGCCUAACACUUACAGUUGAAGUCGGAAGUUUACAUACACUUAAGUUGGAGUCAUUAAAACUCGUUUUUCAACCACUCCACAAAUUUCUUGUUAACAAACUAUAGUUUUGGCAAGUCGGUUAGGACAUCUACUUUGUGCAUGACACAAUUGAUUUUUCCAACAAUUGUUUACAGACAGAUUAUUUCACUUAUAAUUCACUGUAUCACAAUUCCAGUGGGUCAGAAGUUUACAUACACUAAGUUGACUGUGCCUUAAAAUAGCUUGGAAAAUUCCAGAAAAUGAUGUCAUAGCUUUAGAAUCUUCUGAUAGGCUAAUUGACAUAAUUUGAGUCAAUUGGAGGUGUACCUGUGGAUGUAUUUCAAGGCCUACCUUCAAACUCAGUGCAUCUUUGCUUGACAUCCUGGGAAAAUCAAAAUAAAUCCGCCAAGACCUCAGACAUUUUUUUGUAGACCUCCACAAGUCUGGUUCAUCCUUGGGAGCAAUUUCCAAACGCCUGAAGGUACCACGUUCAUCUGUACAAACAAUAGUACGCAAGUAUAAACACCAUGGGACCACGCAGCCGUCAUACCACUCAGGAAGGAGACGCGUUCUGUCUCCUAGAGAUGAACAUACUUUGGUGCGAAAAGUACAAAUCAAUCCCAGAACAACAGCAAAGGACCUUGUGAAGAUGCUGGAGGAAACAGGUACAAAAGUAUCUAUAUCCACAGUAAACCAAGUCCUAUAUCGACAUAACCUGAAAGGCCGCUCAGCAAGGAAGAAGCCACUGCUCCAAAACCGCCAUAAAAAAGACAGACUAUGGUUUGCAACUGCACAUGGGGACAAAGAUUGUACUUUUUGGAGAAAUGUCCUCUGGUCUGAUGAAACAAAAAUAGAACUGUUUGGCCAUAAUGACCAUCGUUAUGUUUGGAGGAAAAAGGGGGUUGCUUGCAAGCCGAAGAACACUGUCCCAACCGUGAAGCACGUGGGUGGCAGCAUCAUGCUGUGGGGGUGCUUUGCUGCAGGAGGGACUGGUGCACUUCACAAAAUAGAUGGCAUCAUGAGGAAGGAAAAUUAUGUGGAUAUAUUGAAGCAACAUCUCAAGACAUCAGUCAGGAAGUUAAAGCUUGGUCGCAAAUGGGUCUUCCAAAUGGACAAUGACCCCAAGCAUACUUCCAAAGUUGUGGCAAAAUGGCUUAAGGACAACAAAGUCAAGGUAUUGGAGUGGCCAUCACAAAGCCCUGACCUCAAUCCUAUAGAAGAUUUGUGGGCAGAACUGAAAACGUUUGUGCGAGCAAGGAGGCCUACAAACCUGACUCAGUUACACCAGCUCUGUCCGGAGGAAUGGGCCAAAAUUCACCCAACUUAUUGUGGGAAGCUUGUGGAAGGCUACCCGAAACGUUUGACCCAAGUUAAACAAUUUAAAGGCAAUGCUACCAAAUACUAAUUGAGUGUAUGUAAACUUCUGACCCACUGGGAAUGUGAUGAAAGAAAUACAAGCUGAAAUAAAUACUUCUCUCUACUAUUAUUCUGAUAUUUCACACUCUUAAAAUAAAGUGGUGAUCCUAACUGACCUAAGACAGGGAAUUUUUACUACGAUUAAAUGUCAGGAAUUGUGAAAAACAGAGUUUAAAUGUAUUUGGCUAAGGUGUAUGUAAACUUCCGACUUCAACUGUAGUAUGAAGCAAUGUAUUGGGUAUGUAUAGGUGUGUUGUUAGUAUGGACAUUUGAAGGUGACCUGUGUUUUGACCAAACUAUUCUCCUGAUCUCAGCACCGCGUGGGAAGAGAGGGUGGAAGACGUUCUAUGGCAUUCUGAAGGGGCUGAUUCUCUACCUGCAGAAGGUGAGCAGCUCCUGCCAAGGGGAGCAGGUGUGACAACACUUCUGUCUCACUUUAUAAACUCACAACACAUUCACUGUUCCGAAAUUCUGAAAAGUCUAAAAAAGACUGCUCAGUCAACUCACUUUUUACAUACUCUUAUUCAGUAACAUUAUAUAUAUUUUUGCACCAAAGAAAAUCCCAAAAUGUUCAGAAAAUGUACGUCUAAAAAGACUGCUAAGAUUAUCCUACUUUGUUACGUACUCAUAUACAAUAACAUUUGUGAUACACUUGUAAGUAUACCCAUCUUUGAUUGACACACACUGAAAUACUAAAACUACUCAUACAGAGCUCACUGUCCAACCAUCCAGAUGGCUUUUCAUACCCUGUUGAGUGUUGAUAUUAUCAAUAUGAGGUAAUGCAUAAAGGUUGAGUCCUUGGUUCAGUGCCUCCAGACUGCCGUCCUCAGACCUGGCACUGCCGUCUAUAAUCAUUUGGACCAGUGGUCCUGGCCUUUGCUACGGGCAGCCCUGCCAGCUUCUUGGGCUUGUGUGUGUAACUCGGCCACUUUGAACGGAAGCGAAGGUCCCAUCCAGAGACGUUCCAAUGGCAACACAGCUGUGCCAAUGAUGUAAUUAAUGUACUGUAUAGCUAUUGGCAGUGCUCUCUGGUCCAACGGUCAUGUUUGAGUUGGGCAGAGUCAAGGCCCCUACUCAGGUGUCAAAAAGACCAAUUUCCUUAGGAUGGUUUGUUCUGUAUUAUAAACUGGGUAGUUUGAGCCCUGAAUGCUGAUUGUGACAGCCGUGGUAUAUCAGACGGUAUACCACGGGUAUGACAAAACAUGUAUUUUUACUGCUCUAAUUAUGUUGGUAACCAGUUUAUAAUAGCAAUAAGGCACCUCGGAGGUUUGUGAUAUAUGGCCAAUAUACCAUGGCUAAGGGCUGUAUCCAGGCACUCCACUUUGCGUCGUGCCUAAGAACAGCCCUUAGCGGUGGUAUAUUGGCCAUAUACCACACCCCCGCGUGCCUUAUUGCUUAAACAUCCCAUCAACAAGUCAUCCUGCAGAAUGAGAGGUCUGGACACAGUUAUCUACUAGAGUGUCCUGAUUCAAUCAUCAACGGUUCAGUUAACCUUUUACUGCAGUGGGCUAAAUCAGGGUCACACAGAGUGUUUCUUGAUAGUCUUAAACAAAUCUACUUUGUAAAAAAGUAUACCCCUGACAAACAUGGUUAUGGGCUUAAAAAAAAGAAGACACCUGUACCAUGUCAGAUAUAGAGUUCAAAUGUAUUCAAUUUUGAGUUUGCAUCCCAAUAUGACACUUUAUAUAAAUCACAGAAGACUGAAAUAUAACAAAACCGUUUGACAUGUAAACACCAGAUUUUCUGCAGGUUUUUUAAAAUAAUGUUGAUUAAUUAUGAAAUUAUAAGAAAUAUUAAUAACAUUCCACCCAUGAGGCCACUAGAAGACGAUUUGGUCAUUUGAUUGCAGGAAAGGGCUACAAUCAAUUGCUGUGUUUUAUGAUUGAUGGAAUUUCACACCAUAACAUCCAAUGCCAACUUACUGAUGCUUGACAUUCUCACAUUACAACUCAGUUAGAUUACCAGUACUCAAAGAACCAUCUGGCGGUUGAAUACACUACCCUGUGGUCAGAACUACUGCGAUGGUCAAUAAUGAUAUCAUGAUGUAAUCACACUUUAUGAUGAUUGUCAUUGUUUGACCAUGCAGGGAGAGUACCGGCCAGAUAAACAGCUGUCGGACGAGGAUCUGAAGAACGCUGUGUCCAUCCACCACUCUCUGGCGAUGAGGGCUGCUGACUACAGCAAGAGACCCAAUGUGUUCUACCUCCGCACUGCUGACUGGAGAGUCUACCUCUUCCAGGCACCGUGAGUCCCAUCCCUCGCUUCACUCUUCUUCUCUCAUUCCUCUGUAAGAUCGAGCCAUCCCUUGCUUUCACGAGUUCAGGUUACACACUAUAAGUUGAACGUGAGAUGGUUCAUUAUUUGGCUUGGAGCCAUAACCUGCAACUGCUCCCUGCACAGCACACAUCUACCUCGGUCAAUAAACCUGAUCUUGACUUUGCAAGGGCACCCUCCUCCUCUUGUCUCCUUGUUUGACCUCUAGAUGUCUUGGGCCAGUCUCUCCCCUUCUCACCAGCCAGUCAUGGCUGUUGCUACCUCCUGCUGUGUGUGUGUUUUUGGUUUUACUAUCCUUGUGAGGACCAGAAGUUCUCACAAGGAUAGUAAAACAAGGAAAAUUCGAACAAGUGGGGAUAUUUUGCUGGUCCCCACAAGGUUUUAGGGUUAGAAUUAGGGUUAGUGAUUAGGUUUAGGGUUAGGUUAGGGUUUGGGGUUAGUGUUAGGUUAAGGGUUAGGGUUAGGUUAAGGGUUAGGGUUAAGUUUAGGGUUAGGGGUUAGGAAAAAUAGGAUUUUCAAUUGUUUGGUCCCCAUAAGGAUAGUAAAACAUUUUGUUAGUCCCUACAAGGUAAAAUGCUAUUUCUAGUGGGUUUAGGGUAGAGUUAGGGUUAGAAUUAGAGUUAGGCGUUAGGGUUAGGUUUAGGGUUAGAGGUUAGGGAAAAUAGGAUUUAGAUUGGUUAUAAAUUGUGUGUCCCCACAAGGUUAUAGUGUGUGUGUAUGUGUGUGUGUGUUUGGGAGGAGUAGGGCGGUGAGGGGUGUAAAUCAAGGAUGCAGAGGCACAUGAUGUGGCCACAUGUUCCAGUCACCCAGGAGGACCGGCUCUGCUCCAGUUGCAGCCUGUCCCAGAUACCUUCCUCUCUCUCUCUCUCUCUCUCUCUCUCUCUUCUCUCUCUCUCUCGUCUCUCUCUCCUCCCUCUCUCUCUCUCUCUGCUCUCUCUCAUCCUCUCAAUUUCAGUCUCUCUCUCUCUCUCUCUCUCUCUCGAUCCCUCUCUCUCUCACUUUCCUUCCUUUCUCCCCCUCUCUCUCCCUCUCUAUCUCCCUCCUUCCCUCUCUCCAUCCCUAUCUCUCUGUCCUCUCUCUCUUCCUCUCUCCCUCCCUCCCUCCCUCUCUCUUCCUCUCUCUCAUUUCUCAGCCAGUGUCCAGGUAGUUGUGACUCUCUGGGGUCUCUAAUGGCCCGUUAGUAGAUAACAUCUAUUUUUCUCAUCUAUUAAUUAGCCCCUCAAUUAUUUAUUUCUCAACAGCAAAGCAGCGUUUUUCAAUUCAGCAGCUGUGAUGAUAAUCACUAUGAUGGCUUAGUUUAGCUCUGUGCAGUAGGGAUUGAUAUGUGUGGGGUGGGGUGUGUGAACGUGUGUGAACGUGUGUGAACCUGUGUGGCAUGUGUUUGUACAACAAGAUCUCAGAAACUCAGUGUGUGUGUGUGUGUGUGUGUUUUGUCCUCUAUAGAAACGCGGAGCAAAUGCAGUCGUGGAUCACGCGCAUCAACACGGUAUCAGCGAUGUUCUCAGCACCACCCUUCCCUGCAGCCAUUGGUUCACAGAAGAAAUUUGCCCGACCGCUGCUGCCAUGCUCCACCUCCAAACUGUCACAGGUACCCGCCUCCGUACCAUGUCCUCAUAUCACCAAUCACAUUUACCAUACCACAUCACUACCAUAAUUGAAAAAAAUCCCUGAAGGCACUCUUCAAAAUGAAUGAAUAAAUGCUAUUAUUUUAAAUGUCCACAAGGAUGAUUAAAGGACAAAACUUGCAAUGAUGUCAGAAAUAAAGUAUAGGCCUACAGAGGUCAAACUAGUGACGAUCAUGUGCUGGGAGAGAAUGCAUGGCCCUCUGUUGACCUGGGUUUUGAACUCUGACCUUAAGUAUCUGUGCUUACAGGAGGAGCAGGUCCAGUCCCAUGAGUCUCGGUUCCGGGCCAUCUCCACUGAACUGGCUGAGCUGCGCUCGUAUCCUCCAGACCGAAAGAUCAAAGGCCGCGAGCUGGAGGAGUACCGCCAGCGGGACGAGUACCUAGAGUUUGAGGUGAGCCCAAGGCAACAGUGUGUGAACUUUUCAAAGGCUACAGAAAAGAAAAGAAAGAAAUUGGAAUCCAGUCAAGCGUUAAGCAAUUAUGCAGCACUGCAUUUCUGUCUCAUUCACUUUCUCUGUCCCCUCGCUCCCUUUCUUGCCUUCUCUGACUCUCCCUCUCUCUCUCCCUUCCCUUCUCUCCCUCUUCCUCUGUCCCCCUCUGCAUCCCUCCCCUCCCUCUUCUGUAAUGUAGAAAACGCGCUACGGUACCUACGCCAUGCUACUGCGGGCCAAGAUUCGCUGCGGCGAGGAUGACCUGUCCGUAUUCGAGGCCCAGAUCUUGGAGGACAAUGGGCUGCAGCGCGCCCACUCCAGCCCCACACUGCAGGACAGCAGCCAGGCCAGCCAGGCCUCCCAGGGCAGCAGCACCAAGGAGCCGGUGGGCUGCAGCGGCAUAGGAAAAGGCUCCAAGCGCAUCGAGGGCCAGAGAUACAGCUACCGCCAGGCCGUCAAGAAGUGA